GCUCUACCGCUCCUUUUCGGCUCGUACCCUCCUCGUCCUCCAUCCAUCAUGACAUCGACAACAACAUCAACAUCAACACCAGCACUAACAUCGAUAUACACAUCCACACUUACAUCCAUGUCCGAAGCCGACCUCGACGUCUUCCACGACGCCCGCUCCUCAUCGCAGUUCUCACUGGCGACGUCCCUAAUCGCCGAGGGCGACACCUACCGCGGUGCAUACCGACGCCGCAGACGCACGCGAUCGUCCUCGGACGGCUCAGAUCUCGCCUCGCCCGUCGUCGAACCGUCGUGCGGGACGUUUGGGCUCUCGGAGGACCUGUCGUUCCGGAUGGCUGAAGGCUACUCUGACUCCAAGCUCACUAAGCUCCGGCACGCCUUUGGGCGGCUUGGCCGCGCGCCUGCACGCCCACUUGAGCCUGUUGGGGAGCCGCUAGACACUGCCUCGGGCCCGCAUGCGCUUUUGGAGGCCGUCGUGCAUGCCAUGCUCGGCCACUACACGCUCUUCCGUGCAGGUGUGCUCCACCGUGAUGUCAGCCCCGAGAACAUCCACAUCCUGAAAAAGAAGACGAUGCGGACGCCUGUGACCGACCUGCUCAUCGCACGCGAUGUGCUUGAAUGCGCAGGAAUCUUAUCAGAUUCAAAUAGCAAGUCCAUAGACUGGCGACGGACGAAGAAAUCCCACAACUUUCGCCUCGUCCACCCCACAUACGCCUCCGACCUCGUCCUCGAAUACCACGAAGGCACCUCCCGCACCCCGCACACCGCCCUCGACGACCUCGAAUCCUUCGUAUGGACCCUCCUCGGCGCCCUUCUGCACAUCGUCACCUCCCCAAAAUACCGCCGCCCCAUCGCCGCGCCCGGCGCACUCGACGCAGAACGAAGAUGGCUCGACGACCUCGAGCGCACAACGCCUACAUUCCACUCCCCACGCGCGUUCGUCAUUUCCGCGAUCUACUUCGCGGCAGAGCAGCGCGCCGCGUCGGGCGGGGCCGUGCGCACGUGUGCGGCGGGUGUUGCGGCGCUCGCGCCCGUGCUGAGCAAGUGGGCGGGGAUCAUGGAGGAUGCGCGGGCGUGGCAGCGUGAGUUCUUUGCGGUGCAGAAGAGGGACGUGGUGAAGGAUCAGGAGGAGUACGAGGAUGUGUGUGGCGGGUUUUAUCGGCGGUAUCUUGUUGUUGCUGCGGAGCAUUUGGCGGGGAUGGGGAAGGAGACGUGGGACGAGGUUGAGGGUGUUGCUAUGUAGUUCGUGUUUUCUUCUUCUUUUUCUUUGUUUUCUUUUUGGGUACUCGUUUGGUGUUCGGUCCGCAUUGCAAAGAUUGCAACUCAAUGUGAAUUACUUCUUUAUUAGUUGUCACGGUACUCGCACUCCUGUUGUAGGAUAAUCCAUUCCUAAUAUCUGC